AUGCUAGAAGGUAAAUUUGAGGAAGCUAGUCUGUUCAAGAGGAUCAUCGACUCUUUCAAGGACUGUGUCCAGUUGGUCAACUUCAAUUGUAACGAGCACGGAAUUGCUGCGCAAGCCGUGGACGACUCCAGAGUUCUGCUGGUAUCGCUGUCUAUUGGCACAGAAUCGUUCCAAGAGUUCAGAUGCGAUAGAGGUGUUACUCUAGGUGUCGACUUGUCGUCCCUAUCUAAGAUUCUUCGUUGUGGUAACAACAACGACAACCUCACUCUAAUCGCGGACGACACGCCAGACUCUGUCCUGUUGCUGUUUGAGGACACUAAGAAGGAUCGCAUAAGUGAGUACUCGCUGAAGCUGAUGGACAUCGAUGCCGACUUCUUGGACAUCGAGGGCAUGGAGUACGACACUGUGAUCACCAUGCCAUCGGCAGAGUUCGCGAAGGUGGUGCGCGAUUUGAACCAGCUCAGUGACUCCCUCAACAUCUUGGUGACGAAAGACACCGUGAAGUUCGUUGCCGAAGGUGACAUUGGGUCCGGUUCCGUUAUUGUUAAACCACACACCGACAUGGAUAAGCCCCAGGAAAGUGUCAAGGUGGAGCUGGACAAGCCUGUCGACCUCACUUUUGGUUCCAAGUAUUUGUUGGAUAUCAUCAAAGGUGCGGGUCUAUCUGACCAAAUCACAAUCAAGCUGUCGGCGGAGACCCCAGCACUCUUUGAGUUCAGCUUGCAAAGCGGGUACUUGCAAUUUUUCCUGGCUCCUAAGUUCAACGAAGAGGAGUAG